AGUGCCGGGGUAAGAUCGGUACCCGCAGAUCCUGCAGGGUUGAGCCGCCAAGUCCGGCGGGGGACGGGCGGACUCGCCCUCCCUGCGAGGCCGCGACCCUGAGUCCACCGGCUGCAGAUGGGUGCCCGGGGCGCCAAAGAUGCAGGCGGGCCGGGGCGAGACGCCGGCGCCGGCCAGGGAGCUCUUCCGGGACGCGGCCUUCCCCGCGUCGGAUUCCUCGCUUUUCUUCAACUCGUCCACGCCGCUGGCCCAGUUCCGGGAGGACAUCACCUGGCGGCGGCCCCAGGAAAUUUGUGCCACACCCCGCCUGUUUCCAGAUAACCCGUGGGAAGGGCAGGUGAAGCAAGGGCUGCUGGGGGACUGCUGGUUCCUAUGUGCCUGCGCAGCCCUGCAGAAGGGCAGGCACCUCCUGGACCAGGUCAUUCCUCCAGGACAGCCCAGCUGGUCUGACCAGACAUACCGGGGCUCCUUCACCUGUCGCAUUUGGCAGUUUGGACACUGGGUAGAAGUGACCACAGAUGAUCGCCUGCCAUGCCUUGCGGGGAGACUCUGCUUCUCCCGCUGCCAGAGAGAGGAUGUAUUCUGGCUUCCCCUACUAGAAAAGGUCUACGCCAAGGUCCAUGGGUCCUACGAACACCUCUGGGCAGGGCAGGUGGCAGAUGCCCUGGUGGACCUAACUGGUGGCCUGGCAGAAAGGUGGAACCUGAAGGACUUGGCAGGAACCAGUGGCAAACAGGAUGGGCCCGGGGGCCAGGAGCACAGAUCUUGCCAGCAGCUGCUCCACCUAAAGGACCAGUGUCUGAUUAGCUGUUCGGUGCUCAGCCCCAGGGCAGGUGCCAGGGAGCUGGGUGAAUAUCAUGCCUUCCUUGUCACGGAUCUGCGGGAGCUGCGGGGUCGGGCUGGCCAGGGCAUCCUCCUGCUGCGGAUUCAGAACCCCUGGGGCCGGCGGUGCUGGCAGGGCCUCUGGAGAGAAGGGGGUGAAGGGUGGAGCCUGGUAGAUCCAGCGGAAGAGUCUGAGCUCCUGUCCCAGCUCCAGGAAGGGGAGUUCUGGGUGGAGGAGGAAGAGUUCCUCAGGGAGUUUGACGAGGUCACUGUUGGCUACCCCGUCACAGAAGCUGGCCACCUGCAGAGCCUCUACACAGGAAAGGUGCUCUGCCACACGCAGGUGCUGCCCGGAGCCUGGGUCAAGGGGCAGUCGGCAGGAGGCUGCCGGAACAACAGCACCUUUCCCAGCAACCCCAAAUUCUGGCUGCGGGUCUCAGAACCAAGUGAGGUAUACGUUGCUGUCCUGCAGAGACCCAGGAUGCACAAGACAGACUGUGUAGGCCGGGCCUGGGUGCCAGCGGGUGACCACUAUACCUCAGGGAGCCCGGCAAGCUUCCCGGGCAAGGACUACCAGGCCGUGGGCCUGCACAUCUGGAAGGUGGAGAAGCGGCGGGUCAGCCUGCCCAGGGUCCUAUCUGCACCCCCUGUGGCUGGCACUGUGUGCCACGCAUACGACCGGGAGGUACAGCUGCACUGUGAGCUCUCACCAGGCUACUACCUGGCUGUCCCCAGCACCUUCUUGAAGGACAUGCCAGGGCAGUUCCUGCUCCGAGUCUUCUCCACUGGGAAAGUGUCCCUAAGUGCUGUCAAGGCCGUGUCCAAGGGCACCACCCCUGGGGCAACCCUGUCUGAUGGAGAGUGGGGGACAGUUCAGCUGCGGGGAUUCUGGAGAGCCGGCCAGACAGCGGGGGGCAGCAGGAACUUUGCCUCCUACCCCACCAACCCCUGCCUCCCCUUCUCUGUCCCUGAUGGCCCCAGCACACGCUGCGUCCGCAUCACUCUGCAUCAGCACUGCCAGCCCAGGGGUGGUGAGCUCCACCCUAUUGGCUUCCACGUCUUCCAGGUCAGGGAAGACAGGCCAACCGUGGAGACCUCAUGCAAGUGACCUGGGUGGCCAGGGAGCCAGCCCUUCUGCCGGCCUACUCCACCCUGCCUCUCCCUGGCCACCAGGAAAAGAUGCACAGCCUCUUCUGGAGGAAGAGGGAGAGGGACUUGCUCCAGUGGGACCAAGUCACAGGCCCAGACCCCACAGUGAUGGUUCCAGGCUCGCAUCCCACAAGGGGCUGAGUGUACUCUGGGGCCCACCCCAGGGGUCUUGGUCUGUCAGGUACUCUGAGGAGGGUGUGGGCUGGAGGAUGUCAGUGUGUGCCUGUGGCUGCUCCUGGGGAUACAGUGUGAGGGGCCAGUGUGGCCUGGCAUGUUAGUGACCUGGGAGAGGAAGAGCAGGAUUUCUCACUGAGGAUGGUGCCGUGCCCCUGCGUUCCCAGGAGCUGACGGGACACCACUGGCGUCUUGCUGCUGCUUGCUCCAGGCCACCUGCCCAGGGCCAGUCAGAGCACUGUCUGGCGGCCAGGCAGUGGUGAUUUUUAAGUUAGGCCCCAUGGUGAUCUGAGGCCUAGGCCCCACUGAUGGUACCUUUGGCAAGAGUGCCCAGGCCUUGGUGAGGAGGUGAGUCCCUCAUCAGAGAAGGGUCAUGUGUGUCCCAGGAGGGCUGGGGACAUCCAAGUAGCCAGGCUGUGUACCCUCAGGUGGGGCAGUGAGGAAGGGGAGCAGCCUCCUGGGCUGUGAGGGGCACCCGCACAGUCAGAGUCUGUGUCCCCUAGGUCCCAGUGGGUGAUGGGAGCCCUGGUGCGCCCCCGCUGCUGCUGCAGGAGCCACUGCUGAGCUGUGUGCCACAUCGCUAUGCCCAGGAAGUGAGCCGGCUCUGCCUCCUGCCGGCGGGGACCUACAGAGUGGUACCUUCC